UAAAAAUGUUGGAGAAUGUUUUCUAAUCAAAUUUAUCAUUUUGUCUUUUAGUCUUAUUAUACCCACCUCUUUCAGUCUUCACUCUUGUUCUUCUUCCUCUUCAUUUUCACAGCAACUUUCUCCCUAUUAAUCAUUCGUACCAUGCAGAGAUUCUCACUUCUCUUCCACAAACACAGUCUUUUCAACCUUCCAUUCAAAAAAUCAUCUCAAAUUAGCCGCAAAAAUACCACAUUACACCACCUCUUCUCUGCUACUACGAUUUCUUCUCAACCCUCUUCACACUCACCACCAACACCAAACCCUAAACCCCAAAAAUCCAAAACCAGCAACACCAUUACAAAAAACGACCAAUUCGGUCUCGUUCACCUUGAAUCUAUUACAAACAAUUCCAUCGAUCAAACCAACGACGAGUUUGCUUCUGAUGUUGAAAAGGUUUAUAGAAUACUGAGAAAAUACCAUUCCAGGGUUCCCAAAUUGGAGCUUGCUUUGAAAGAAUCUGGAGUUGUUGUUAGGUCUGGAUUAACAGAACGAGUAUUGAAUCGUUGCGGUGAUGCUGGGAAUUUAGCUUAUAGGUUUUUUUCCUGGGCUUCUAAGCAACAAAGUUAUAAACAUAGUCAAGAUGUGUAUAAGGCUAUGAUUAAGGUUUUGAGUAAAAUGAGACAGUUUGGUGCUGUUUGGGGGUUGAUUGAAGAGAUGAGAGUGGAGAAUCCUGAGUUGAUUUCGCCGCAAGUGUUUGUUAUUUUGAUGAGGAGAUUUGCUUCUGCUAGGAUGGUUCAUAAGGCGAUUGAGGUGUUAGAUGAAAUGCCUAAGUAUGGUUUUGAGCCGGAUGAGUAUGUUUUUGGGUGUCUUUUGGAUGCUUUGUGUAAGAAUGGUAGUGUUAAGGAGGCUGCUUCGCUUUUUGAGGAUAUGAGGUAUCGGUUUCCGCCGAGUGUUAAGCAUUUUACUUCGUUGUUGUAUGGUUGGUGUAAGGAAGGGAAGCUCGUGGAGGCGAAGCAUGUGUUGGUGCAAAUGAAGGAUGCGGGUAUUGAGCCGGAUAUUGUGGUGUUUAAUAAUUUGCUUGGUGGGUAUGCUCAAGCAGGGAAAAUGGUGGAUGCUUAUGAUCUUUUGAAAGAGAUGAGAAGAAGGGGAUGCGGGCCGAAUGCAGCGUCGUAUACUGUUUUGAUCCAGUCGUUGUGUAAGUAUGAGAAAUUGGAGGAGGCAAUGCGGAUGUUUGUUGAAAUGCAGAGAAAUGGUUGUAAGAUGGAUGUCAUAACGUAUACGACGUUGAUAAGUGGGUUUUGCAAGUGGGGGAAAAUUAAAAGGGGUUAUGAGCUUUUGGAUCAGAUGAUACAAGAAGGGCAUUUGCCGAAUCAGCUGACUUAUCUGCAUAUCAUGGUGGCUCAUGAAAAGAAGGAAGAAUUGGAAGAGUGUAUUGAACUUGUGAAUGAGAUGCAGAAGAUUGGUUGUGUUCCUGAUCUUAAGAUCUAUAAUACAGUCAUUAGGUUAGCUUGCAAGUUGGGAGAGGUCAAGCAAGGUGUUCGGCUUUGGAAUGAAAUGGAAGCGAGUGGACUCAGUCCGGGUAUCGACACCUAUGUCAUCAUGAUUAAUGGGUUUCUUGAGCAGGAUUAUCUAGUUGAAGCUUGUGAGUAUUUCAAAGAAAUGGUUGGGAGAGGACUUUUUGCCGCCCCUCAAUAUGGUACUUUGAAGGAGUUGAUGAAUUCUCUUUUAAGAGCUGAGAAGCUUGAAAUGGCGAAAGAUGCUUGGAAUUGUCUCACUAGUUCUAAAAGUUGUGAGAUGAAUGUGAGUGCAUGGACAAUCUGGAUUCAUGCGCUGUUUUCGAAAGGACAUGUGAAGGAGGCUUGUUCAUUUUGUAUAGACAUGAUGGAUAACGAUUUAAUGCCACAGCCAGAUACUUUUGCAAAGCUUAUGGGCGGUCUGAAGAAACUGUAUAACAGAGAAUUCGCAGCAGAAAUCACUGAGAAAGUGAGGAAAAUGGCUGCUGAUAGACAUAUCACUUUCAAGAUGUAUAAACGGAGAGGAGAGAGGGAUUUGAAAGAAAAGAUAAAGGAGAAAAAAGAUGGAAGGAAGAGGAGAGCUAGACAACGCCGUUGGGGUGGAGGCCAACAAAAAGCAUUAUAAUUUACAGGAUUCAAGUUGAAGUUUCACAUGCAACACUUAGGUUUUCCCGGGGAAUAUGAUUUCUGCUCAAAAGUUGGUUAAGUAAUUCAAUUGAAUGGAAAUUAAGUGCUGUGAAUGGUUUUGACUUAAGGAGAGAUGAGCAUAACUAGAUGCCACUAGAGUAGCUGCUUUUUUCUUUAAGAUUGAAGUCUCACUUUCAAACUGAUCCAAGGGAGGUAAUGUUAUCGGUUUAUUGUUCGGUAAUCACACAUUUUGCCGUUUUUAUCUAUGAAGAAGAGAGGUCUUCAGGAUGGAAAUUGUGUUUGCAGUAAUUUACAGUUCUACUUAAGCUUAACAAAGUUCGAAGCUAGAAUGCUUCUUCUUUACACCAACAUUAUGUGCUGGACAGCCUAUUGGAUGAAACAAAUAUUUUUUAGAAGAGACAUUGAAAGUGGCAAAGGAAAUGGUUAAAUGUGCCAGGGGAUUCAAGAUAUUGUCCUGCUUGUUUUAUGAUGUGUUAUUCCUUUCACCAUUGAUUUUAUUUACUCCCUACUUAGACAGGAAGAGAGAGUACAGAAAAAAUGUACAUGUACAAAAGUACUAGCCAUGGUUAGAAUAUAGGCAGAAAGUUCCUCUUCCAUGAGCACAUGUUAAUAUUUUUCAUUGAAAAAGUUCCUCUUGUUUCUGCAGAAGCUAUGAGUAAGAAAGAGAUAUACAUUUGGAAUAUUUCGUACCCUUAGGGAUAUUAUGCUGGUGAUCGUUUGAUUUGUGAGCUAUUAGAUUCAAAAUGGACAUUUUUCCCACUGUAAUUUAUAUUGAAAUUUGUUGAAGGAUGAAAGGCAUGAUCAUGUCAUUGAGUAAGAAUUAGAAGGUAUAUAUCAAGUUAGCAUACACAAUUUUUAUGGGGUUAUGGUCGGAUAUGGUCUCUUUUGUGUUGUUAGAUAUUUAGUUUAUUCAUAUUUGUAUAAGCUGUUGUCUAUAUGGAUCAAUCAUUGCCAUUAGACUACUUGUCAACAACCCCAAGCAAGUUGUGAUAUGUUAUCUAGCAAAGCUUUGAGUUUCACAUAGUAUCCGGUACAGAUUAGAUUUUAAGUUUGACUUUACUUUCCUUUUCUUUUUUUUUUUUAAAUAUAGCCCUACCUAUUAACCUAUUUAAAAGUUUAAUUGUUUUAAUAUUUUUUAAAAAGAAUAUUUUAUGCACUUCUAAAACAUUUAUGAAACAAAUAAAUAACAUGAAUUGUGUUAAGAUUAUAUAUAUGGGCACACAUGUGUCCGCUUUUUUAGUGCGCAAAUAGUGAAAAUAUAAAUAGUACUUUUUAUGUAUUUAUUUUUAAUUAUUUAUAAAAUAAUAAAAAAUGGAAUGAAAGAGAUAUAAAAAUUGUUUUAUUAAAAGAGAAGUUAAAGUUAAAAAUAAAAAGUGAA